AAAAAAAAUUCUGCCAAAAAUGAACCGUUCUUCUGUUGCCUGCAAAUAACGCGAAAAUCUCUCUGGAAAAAAAAAAAGGAAAAAAAGAAAAAAAAGAAAAAGAACCGAACCAGUCGUGGGAAGGAUCCGAAAGAACAUGAACCAGAGAAAUUUGAAGAAACCCUAAUCUUAGCCACGCUUUUAUCCAUCUUUUCUUUUCUUCUUCCAUCGUUCUAAUCUGAAAGGCGCCAAGAUUGUUACGGGGCGGAGCUAGGCUAGGGUUAGGUUUAGGCUUCGGAAAAUUAGGGUUAGGGUUUUGAUUACCGGCUGUUUCUCCCGUUAUCUGGGAGGUGCACGAGGAGGAAAAAUUGAAGGCGGAGUCAUUUCUGGGCGAUUGGGGAUUUAGGGUUAAGUGCUCCGUUUUAUGGGCCGCGCGGGAGUUUAUGGUGGUGGUUUGUGUCGGUUAUGAACGUUGACCAAUGCCAGUGGCCGACGAAGAUGAUGGGUAGGGGAGUGGACGGAGGUUGUGGUACUGAAGAGAGGCCUUGUCGACCACUUCGCAGGGCUACGCUUGCGAAGGAAAAUGGGGAUAAGUGCUACGAGGAUAAGGGUUCGCCGGAAAUCGAUUUGUUAGCUCAGGCCAGCAAACACCUCUCAGAGAGGUCUCCGUAUGAUGCUCCUGAAGACGGCUCUACUUUGAGGGUAAGUGUGCCUACUCUGCCCAUUGCGCUAGCUAAUUUGCUCAACCAGACUGAUAACAAGAAACGGCACAAGAAGUCUCACUCUGGGACGGAGAGCAAGAAGAAGAAGAAGUCUUCUAGGCAAGGGGAGAAGUCGCGAGCUGGGAGCAUCUGGGUUGAGCAUCAUGACUACUUUAGGCGCUUAGAAUUGCCUGAUUUAGAAACUUUGUCAGAUUUAGCAUCUCUACGGUCUUUAUCUUCUAAGAACUGCUUUUCAGUUCCAUCGGUGGGAUACGAAUCCAUUGAUAUUCAACAGAGGGAGACUGAUGCCAGUGCAAAGAACGAGGAUGCUGUUCUGGAAGAAACUAGAGACUUUCUUAGCAAAGAGGUAUCUCAAGGCGCAGUGAAGAAAGAAGAGGUUAACGAGGAUGUUGCGCAGCCAAUGAGUGUUGACAGUGUGGGGGAUGAAAUCUCCUCUGGGCCAGUCUAUCCUGGUAGCUUAGAAUGGGUUUUAGGUAGUAGAAAUAGGAUUUUGUUGACAUCAGAAAGGCCUUCCAAAAAGCGGAGGCGUAUUGGUGCUGAUGCAGGUUUGGGAAAGUUAGUGGUUGCUUCUGGCAAAGGGAAUGCAUUGUUAUGUGAUUUUUGCUGCACUGGUGAUGCCAAGGAAUAUCAUAACCAGUUGAUUGUUUGCACUUCCUGCAAAGCUAUGGUUCAUAGAAAAUGCUAUGGUGUGGUUGAAGAUACAGAUGAAUCUUGGUUGUGCUCUUGGUGUGAGCUGGGGAGUGGUCGUAGUGAUCCUGAAAGACCGUGCUUGCUCUGUCCCAAAAAGGGUGGCAUCCUGAAACCUGUUCACUCGAAUACUGAGAAUGGUGGGUCAGUGGAGUUUGCUCACCUGUUUUGCUCUCUGUGGAUGCCUGAGGUGUAUGUAGAAGACUUGAAAAAAAUGGAGCCUAUCAUGAAUUUGCCUGGAAUAAAGGAAACUCGGAGGAAGUUAUUGUGUAACUUGUGCAAGGUGAAAUCUGGUGCUUGCAUUCGGUGUUGUAAUGGAGCAUGUCGAACGUCUUUCCAUCCUAUAUGUGCAAGGGAGGCAGGGAAUAGGCUAGAGCUCUGGGGGAAACAUGGGCGUGAUACUGUUGAACUGCGAGCUUUCUGUUCGAAGCAUUCGGAGAUUCAAGAAAGUGGAAGGUCCGUAGAGGGAGGAGAAACUAAUGCUGCUAAUGGUCGUUCUCCUGUUUGUCAUCUUCCAUCAGAAUCUGUAAGAGAAGGUCACCUAAGUAAUGAUGAGAUGGGAGUUGACGUAGGAACACCGGGUACAGGUUCUGAUAUUUCGAGAAACAGUGAGUUGCGAGAACUGGAAUCACCGCGUUCAAACUUCAACUGGCCUGCAACAGACAAUGUGGAAUCAGGGAUGACUGGGAGAAGCACUGAUACUGAAGGAACUCUGCCUGAGUCUCUUAGUUUUGGAUUGAUUUUGAAAAAGUUGAUCGACUUGGGGAAAGUGGAUGUGAAGGAUGUGGCUGCAGAGAUUGGGGUCAAUCCUGAUGCUUUGAGUGCCAAACUUAUGGAUGGAGACUUGUUACCUGAUUUACUAGGCAAGAUAGUGAAAUGGCUUACCCAGCAUGCACACAUGGGCACUGGGAACAAAGGAGAAAUUUUUAAAAGUACGAACACUACUAAAUCUGAGCGUCGGGUAGCUAUCUGUACUGAAGGCCUGGUGAUGUCAGAUUCUGUCACAAAGGCGUUUUCUUUGGAGCGAACACUUGAAAGCAAUAUUUGUAAUAAGAAUACGAUAUGCACCUCUACUGAAAAUUGUACUGGUAAUGGUAUUGUGGUUGAUGAAGCUAAAGCUAAUAGGCCAGUCUUAAAGAAUGAAAGAAGUGGGAAUUUGGCAUCUGAUCAUUCUUCAGAAGAACAGAAAUCAGUAGUGCUUGAUCAGGAAGUUCAUCUCGGGAAAAAUUCAGUUCAUCUUUCUGAUGAUCACGGAGAACAAUCAAACUCCGGUUCUUCAGGAGUCAUGCUGGAGAAUGCCUUUUCUUUGGGGCCAAAUAAUUCUCAGAAUCGUGGAAAUUUGAACUGCCCAAGUCCUAUCAUCUUGGAUCUCCUUGAUCAUGAUGCAUAUCCUGGUUUCAAUCCUCAUCCUUAUAUCCAUAAAGAAUUGUCAGAGAUGGGCAAAGGAAAAACCCUGAAAAGCAGCGCGGAUUCUUAUGUGGAUAGUAUUACAACCAAACCUGAUGGCUCUGAAGAAGGAAAUGAACAUCUGCAGGACGAUGGCGAUUGCACUAUCUGUUGUAAUCACCAAAGUCAGAGUGCAGACUGCGGAGAGACAUUCUGUCAGUUAUCCAAAGCUAGGAAGUUGGGCAUACUGGAUCUGUCUCCUGAAGAUGAAGUGGAAGGAGAACUUCUAUAUUAUCAGCUUCAGUUACUUGACACUGCAGUUUCAAGAAAGCAACUUUCUGACAAUCUAGUCUAUGGAGUUACCAAAAAACUGCCCCUGGAGAUUGAUGAACAGCAUGGACGAAGAUGGGAUGAUGUUCUCGUCAACAAAUAUUUCCAUGAUGUCAGGGAAGCAAGAAAGCAAGGGCGGAAAGAGAAAAGACACAAACAAGCCCAGGCUGUUCUAGCUGCUGCUACUGCUGCAGCAGCAACAUCUUCUCGGAAUACAUCGCUUAGGAAAGAUAUGUCAGAAGAACCUACACAACAAGAGAUGAGUACUUCUAGACGUAAAGUUACUGGCAGCUCUCAUGUAGUGCCACAGACAAAGGAAACACUUUUAAAGAUGGCUGUUUCCGGUCCACCAUCAGAGAAGCGGUCAGAUCAUCGUACACCAGACUUUUCAUUAGAAAAUCCACGAAGUUGUGACAUCUGCAGACGCUCGGAAACUAUAUGGAACCUGAUUGUAGUGUGCUCUAGUUGCAAGGUUGCUGUUCACAUGGAUUGCUACAAAUGUGCUAAAGAAUCUUCUGGUCCUUGGUACUGUGAACUGUGUGCGGAAUCUACUGGUUCUUUCAAUUUUUGGGAAAAGCCGUGUUCUUCCACAGAGUGUACUUUAUGUGCUGGCACAACUGGGGCUUUUAGGAAAGCCACGAAUGGGCAGUGGGUACAUGCAUUUUGUGCUGAGUGGGCUUUGGAAUCAACCUUCAGAAGGGGGCAAAUAAAUCCUGUGCAGGGAAUGGAGACUUUGGCCAAGAACAAGGACACCUGUUGUGUAUGCCAACGGAUAUAUGGUGCAUGCAUUAAGUGUAGUUAUGGUAACUGCCAGACGACAUUUCACCCCUCCUGUGCAAGAAACGCUGGCUUUCAUAUGAUUGGUGGUGGGAAACUUCCACAUAAAGCGUACUGUGAGAAGCAUAGCUUGGAGCAGAAAGCAAAGGCCGAAUCUCAGAAACAUGGUGGAGAGGAGCUGAAAAGUCUCAAGCAUUAUAGGGUUGAACUUGAGAGGUUACGCCUUCUGUGUGAGCGGAUAGUCAAGAGGGAGAAGUUAAAACGAGAGUUGGCGGUUUCCUCGCAUGAAAUACUCGCUGCCAAAAGGGAUCACGCUGCACGUUCGUUAGCAGUCCGGAAUCCGUUUCCUCCUCCAGAAGUUUCGUCGGACUCAGCUACAACGUCAAUAAAAGGUCAUCAAGAUAGUAAUAUAUCUGGCAGUGAAGCAAUACAGAGGUCAGAUGAUAUCACCAUUGACAGCACAGCCUCUGUUAAGCGCCGAGGGAAAGGUCCCAUUUUGAUGGACACUGAUCAGAAAACCGACGAUAGUGCCACUUCCAAGGGUCGGUAUUCCCGUAAGCCAACGGAAAGCCAGAUAUUUUCCGGGAAAACCGUUCCCCGCAAGCAUUGUAUAGUGUCGCCUAGUGUAUCAGAGGAUGGAGAUAAAGACUCAAAGCCCAAGAAGCAGCAUGUAGAAACAUUUGCCAAGGAGCUUGUGAUGACAUCGGAUGAAGCUUCUUUCAAAAACCGGCGGCUCCCAAAGGGAUACUUCUACGUUCCUGUUGAUUGCCUGCAAGAAGACAAGCCGGGGAACCAGAAGGCGGCGGCGGCUUCGCCUGACAAGCCAAUCAACCAGAUGGCCUCUUCAGGUGAUGACCCGUCAGGUAAAGACGGCUAAAGCUUGAGAACAUACGUACUGGGCUCAUUGCUCUUCACAGAUACUGCCCAUUGGUGGACAUCGCCUUCUGCGCCCUUCCCAAGGAUUCACCAACAAAAGAACAGAAGCUACGACUGAGACUCUCAGCUCAAACGGCUAUUGUGAAGAUUUUGAGAGUUGAGAGUAAAGAACAAAGGCUUCAGAUUGGAUUUUAGGGUAGUGAGGAAAAACGCUCCCUAUGACCUUAUUAAGAUCGAUCACGUGUAGUUCUGUUUGUAUAAAGAAAUGGGGAAAAAGGGUUUGCAUAAGUGUAAAUAUUCAUCAUUAAAUUGUGUCUAAAAAUCUGACAAAGGGAAAUAAUAGGUUUUUUCUUUCUAAAAAUUCUUUGGUUAUGCAUUUUCCUCACACGUUAAUUUGCCUAUUGGCCUCAUUUUUAA